CUCAGAAUUAUACAUCUCAACCGAAAGACUCAAAUCUCUCUCUCUCUCUCUUACUGGCUCUGUGCUUUCUUUCUCGUUCGCAAUCACAGCAGAAGCAGUUCAAAUGUAGAGAAUGAGAGAAAAGGUUUUGUGAUUUCCCAUUACGUUUUAAGUUUUAGAGAUAGAGAGAGAGAGAAAGUAAGAACGAGGGAUGUCGACGAGCUUCAACAGUCCUUCUCGAAGCCCUGGAAGUGCGAGGUUUCAGUUUGGUGGGUCUUCUACGAGGCUGAGAUCUUCGUCUUUGAAGAAGCCACCUGAGCCCCUUCGAAAAGCCGUUGCCGAUUGUCUGUCUUCUUCCUCGUCUUCGACGUCUCUCCAUGUCAACCUUUCCCCUGUUGCUUCUGAGGCUGCUAGAACGCUUCGGGACUAUCUGGCAGCCCCUUCUACGACUGACCUGGCUUAUUCUGUGAUUUUAGACCAUGCACUUGCCGAGAGGGAGCGGAGCCCGGCUGUUGUUGCAAGGUGUGUGGCACUUCUGAAGCGAUAUCUUCUUCGGUAUGUACCCAGUGAGCAGACGUUAGUGCAGAUUGAUCUUUUUUGUGUAAAUUCAAUCUCUGAGUGUGAUUCUAGCACGAACCGAAGAGUAUUGCCAUGGUCAAAAUCAUUUAGCCAACAUUCUGGGGCAUCAGCCACUGGGAAUGCUUUUCCUUCUUCUUUGCCAGCAUCCAGUUUUGCAUCCGGGGCACUGGUGAAGUCAUUAAAUUUUGUUCGUUCUCUUGUGGCUCGCCAUCUUCCUAGAAGGUCGUUCCAACCAGCAGUUUUUGCUGGAGCCUCCACUGCAUCAAAACAGUCACUUCCAACAUUGUCUUCUUUGUUGAGCAGAUCCUUUAAUUCCCAGUUAAAUCCUACGGUUUCCAGUAGCAGGGAGUCUCAUGAGGCGAAAGAGGUUUCCAGUUUAUAUUCUUCAAACUUGUCAAAUCUUGAAACUGUUGAUGGUCAGGAAGAUACUGACUACAUUUCUGUGGAUGCCUUUAAAUGGCGCUGGCUUGGAGAACAACAAUCAUCACUAAUCAUGGCAGAGAGUGAUGGCGGUACAAGGCCCCAAAAUGUAAUUUCGCAUGGUUUUCUUGAAGUUGGUGCUGCAGCUCUACUUAUUGGAGACAUGGAGGCUAAAAUGAAGAGCAAACCAUUGGCAGGAACUCAAGAUGUGCCUUAUAUUGAUCAAAUGUUGCAGCCUUCAACAGUCACAACUGCCACUAAUGUUGCUUCAGCUCAUUCUCACUUGAGGGCUAUCACUGCAUCUAAACGCUCCAAAACAGGCCCUCACUCAAUUUGGGAGGAUACCCCAGUGAGUACUCUCCGCCCACGUCCUCGACCUCUUUUCCAAUAUCGACACUACAGUGAACAGCAACCUUUACGAUUGAAUGCUGCUGAAGUAUGUGAGGUUAUAGCUGCAGUUUGCUCAGAGUCGUCUUCACCAAAUGCAAAUCCUAUGACAGUGUCAUCCAGAUUAAGUCAUAAUCCUGGAAAACCCUCGAUGGAUGUUGCAGUCAGCGUCCUUAUAAAACUUGUUAUUGAUAUGUAUGUGUUGGAUUCUCAAACUGCUGCUCCUCUCACUCUUUCUAUGCUGGAGGAAAUGCUUAGCUCUAAAAGAUUGGCUUCUAAAGUUCGUGCGUUUGAUUUAAUUCUAAACCUUGGGGUUCAUGCUCAUUUACUGGAGCCGAUGUUACCUGAUGAUCCCCCCACAAUUGAAGAAGAGUGCUCCCAAGAAAUGUACAUCGACAACGAAGGACCGCUUGCAACUCAAGCAAAGAAAAAUGCAGAUCCAUCCAAGCAGAGCAGAACAUCCUCUGCUAUUGAUAAUUUUGAGUCCUGGCUUUUGACUGUUCUUUUUGAGGUUCUUUUACUACUUGUGCAGAUAGAAGAAAAGGAAGAAACUGUCUGGGCAUCUGCUUUAAGUUGUUUGUUAUACUUUGUUUGCGAUAGAGGCAAAAUAUGGAGGAAAAGAUUAGAAGGUCUUGACAUAAGGGUUAUUAAGACACUUUUGGAGAUAAGCAGGGAACAUUCUUGGGCAGAAGCAGUUCAUUGCAAGCUUAUUUGCAUGUUAACAAACAUGUUCUAUCAGGUUCCUGAUGCGUCUGUAAAAUCUGUUUCAAGUACUCCUUUAUUUCUUGUGGAACAGGUUGAUCUGGUUGGAGGAAUCGAGUUCAUUUGCCUAGAGUAUUCACAUGCAAAUUCAACGGAAGAGAAGAGUAAUCUAUUUCUGGUACUUUUUGACUAUGUUUUGUAUCAAAUAAAUGAAACAUACUUGGCCACUGGAGGUUCUGAAUACAGCUUUGAUGAGAUUCAACCCAUUGCUGCAAUGCUUAGUCUUGCAAAUGCACCUGAAGCUUUCUAUAUAGCUGUUAAACAUGGAGUAGGAGGUAUAGCAGAGAUAUUGGGUGGUUCGAUCUCUGCAGCUUUGUCAAGAUAUCCAAAUAGUGAGCAUCUAAAUAUGAUCUUGGAGAAGAUCAUUGAGAAAUUUGAUAAUAUUUUAGGCACUGUUACUCACUUGGAUGAUGAAUUCUCACACAUGAUAUGGAUAACAAAAUCCUACAAGUCUUUGAAAAGUAUCGAGGAUAGAGUUAUGGAAACUGGUAUUGACAUGAAUGUGAGAUUCUCAUGGGCCACUUUGCAUUCUCUUCUUCACUCAAAAAGAUCUGCCUAUCGCCAGAAUGGGUAUAUCUGGUUGGUUGAAUUGCUUAUUGCUGAAAUUAGUGAGAAUAGGGAUACCAGUGUAUGGUCAAGCAUCAGGAAUUUGCAGAAGCAUAUUGGACUCGCUAAUACCCAAGAUUCAAUUGGUUCGGACAUUUCUCUUCACAUUUGGGUUAUGUGUGGUCUUCUGAAAUCAAAGCACAACUUCAUCAGAUGGGGCUUCCUUUUUGUCCUAGAGAAGCUUCUCAUGCGGUGCAAGUUGUUGUUAGACGAGAAAGAACAUGAACAUUCAAGCAGUGGUGAACUUCGUAGACAUGAGAAUGGGAAUUAUCGUCUGGAGAAAGCAAAUGCAGUAAUAGAUAUAAUGAGUAGUUCAUUGCUGCUGGUCUAUCAGAUAAAUGAAACUGAUCAUAUCAACAUCUUGAAGAUGUGUGACAUGUUAUUUUCUCAAUUAUGCUUUCGACUUAUCCCUGCGAAUGCAAUGCACAUUGACAACCUCAAAGAGCUUGGUAAAGUCUUCGGAUGCACAGAUGUGAAUGGAAAGCAGUAUGGAGAUCCUCAUGUCCAUCAAGGAAUUAACUAUCGCAGAGAUGAGUUUCUGGAAGAAACCAAUAGCAAAAGUGGUGCCAAUGCUAAUCCUUCUCUAAUUUGUGAUUCAGCAUCUAUGGCAGCACUGCUUCUGAGGGGGCAGGCCCUUGUUCCUAUGCAACUUGUAGCACGUGUUCCCACUGCCUUGUUCUACUGGCCAUUGAUUCAACUUGCUGGUGCAGCAACUGAUGAUAUUGCACUUGGUGUUGCUGUUGGUAGCAAAGGAAGGGGAAACCUACCUGGUGCCACAUCAGAUAUCCGGGCUGCCCUUCUUUUACUUUUGAUUGGGAAAUGCACUGCAGAUCCUGCUGCUUUUCUAGAAGUUGAAGGAGAACAGUUCUUCAGGGAACUUUUAGAUGAUACAGACUCAAGGGUGGCAUAUUACUCUUCAGCUUUUCUUUUAAAGAGGAUGAUGACAGAAGAACCAGAAAAGUACCAGCGUGCGCUUCAAAGCCUUAUUUUUAGGGCUCAGCAGAACAACAAUGAAAAGCUGUUGGAGAAUCCGUACCUCCAGAUGCGUGGCAUACUAAAGCUGUCUGAGCUUGGGACUGGGAUAUAGAUCUGGCAUACUGAUAGGGUGUUGAAGAUCGGGUUUGCUUUAGCUGGAGGGGAACUGCUGAAACUGCAAUGCCAGAGUGCCUUCAUUCUAUUUUACUCACAAUGUUUCAAGUCCUUGAAGAUAUGGCUGGAAAAGUAAAACCUAUAGUGAAGGUGUGGUAAAUUUUCUAACCGUCGAUGAAAUGGUUUGGAAUAAACAAAUCAAUCAGAAAUUGGUAUCAGCUGAGAGUGAAGACUUAGCAGUGGACCGGAAUAAUGGGGAUACUGAUAUGAUGCCAUGCUGGUGCAUAUUUUUUGGCCGCAUUUACAGAUGGUGGGUGCUGUGGACUGCCACUUUUUUUCACCCCUGACCCACUCAACAGGAAAAAGAAAAGGGGGUAGGGGGGUAGGGGGUAGGGAGGAGGUUUGAUAUAGAUUCUUUGGGGAUGCUGAAGUGCAUGGAUUCCACUCAUUUUUCCCGUCUCUUUGAUUAUAUACAGACAUUAUUUAUGUGAUAUGCACAGCCGGUGGAGGACUAAGGGACCAGUUGUUGUAGGUUUAGCAUAGACUAGAGUCAUCUUCGAAGUGAGCCAAAGAACAAGAUAUACAGGGAAUCCUUGGAGUAAUAUAAUUCAUUUAUUGGUUUUAACUUUCAUAAUACUGCCAAGCGAUACUUCCAUAUGUAGCAAGCUGGGAGAAUCUUCAGCAGUUCUGCGAACGCAAGAGGAACUCUUUGGCAACUUGAAGAGGCUAUUUUUUGUACAAGACUGACUGACGUGCUGGCUUCACUUCCCCCAUUUCGGCCAAUCGUAUCUCCGUGGGCUGGGGUUAAUGCCAAGGUUUUUUAAGAGGCAUCCUCAGAUAAUAAAAUCUAUUAGCACAUGUUGUAUCUUAGAGCCUUGGAUGCAGUGGAGACUCCGGAUCUUUUAUCAUUAAUUUUAAUAGGAGAUUAUGGUGAGGGAAGCUUGAACCAUCUAGGUAAUCCAAGUCGGGGUCUACCUUCUCUGUUUUUUUUCUUUCCAUAUCAUUUCUUCUGAUGGUGUAAAUGUUUCAGUUUUGGGGUUUUUUUUUUCCUUCUUAUUUUUUUUUUUUUUUGCUUAAAUCUUUUUUUCAUAACAAAAUUGUGACUGUUGUAAAUUGUCUGUUGAGAACUUUGCAUCAUAUUACGAGUAUUUGAUUCAGAAAUUCCUUGUGAAAGCAUUUGGUUUUCUCCUUUUAA